AAGUAUGUAGAAACACAGAAGUAUGUAACAAUAUUUUUCUUGAAUAAAAUGACCAGAUCUCGCAUUGAAAGGCGGGAAGUAUCUCCUGAUUUCCGUGAGCAUAAAAAGUCCUCAAAAGCCGCGAAAGAUUCCAAAGCGAAACACAAAUCAAGAAGCAAAUCAAAAGGCCGAAGCAGAGAUAAAUCGGAACGGAAGCGCAAGCAUAAAGAUUCGGAGUCGAGAAGUCGGCGAGAUGAUGGGAAGAAGUCAAGAAGAAAAAGGAGUCCAUCUUCAAGUAGCGAGUCAUCAAGUCGGUCUAGAAGCCGAAGCUCAGACGAUGGGUAUAAAAGGUCCAGAUUGCCGUCUCCGAUUAAAACCGCUUUGCAGCAAAAGCAGAAAGACAGUAGUUUGAGAAAAAUAGAAAAGGAGAAAAUGAAGCUAUAUGAAACUCCGGAAGAAAAACGAGCGCGGAGAUUGCAGAAGAAGCAACAGAAAGAGUUGAAACGGAGGCAGAAACUGGGAUGGGACGAGGAGCAAAUUGGAUACACUCAGUCUGACAACCCCUUCGGAGACCCAAACUUACUCUCGACAUUUGUGUGGAAAAAGAAAGAAGAAAAGGAUGCAAGCAAAACUGGAGGAUCAAAACCUACAAAAGAGACUUCGCCAAUCAAUACUGUGGAGGAACUGGAGAAGGUGAAGAAGCGGAGAUUAGAAAGGGAGAGGGAAAAGGCCGAGAGACAGGAGAGCAUAGUGUUGGAACAGAGAAGCAGAGAGAGGGAGUACUUUGCACAGUGGGAGUCGCAGGAGGACUCAUUCCAUCUCAAUCAGGCCAAACUGAGAAGUACGAUCAGAAUACAAGACGGAAGAGCGAAGGCCAUUGAUCUUCUGGCCAAGUACAUUUCGACCGAGGAAGCAGAUCAACAGCUGGCAGUAGAAAUGCACGAUCCACAGAAGUUCAUCGAAGAUCUUCGAAUUAACGACUUGGAAGAUCUUCUAGAAGACAUCAAAGUCUACAUGGAGUUAGAGCUGGGCAAAAAUGCCGAGUACUGGCGAGACAUCACAAUUGUAGUGCAUGACGAGAUAGCACGACUCAGUUCGACAUCAGCCAAUCAGGGCGGAGGAGAUGACGAGGUACAUGUAUCCGAGAGACGAGAGAGCAUGAGUCGCAGCGUGGAAGGCGAAGUGAACAAGAUAUUCGCUGGCAAGUCAGAGGCGGAACUGUUGAAAUUGAGAGCGAGCGUCGAACACAAGUUAAAGACGCAGACUAAUAUUGACACAGUAUACUGGGAAUCGCUGUUGCAGAAACUGAUUGCUCAAAUAUCUCGAGUGAGGCUGACAGAACGACAUAAGGAAACUUUGCGACAGAAAUUGUUCCAGCUAAAACACGAGCAAGGCGUAGAAAGGUCGAAGCCACUUUUUCCAGUGGCAAAGAAAGAUGGUCCAGAUCACAGUAGCAACAAAGAAGAUGAAGCAGGACCGUCUCAUAAACUGGAUUCUAAACCACACAGCCUGGACGAAGAUGCUGAAGACUCCUAUGAUGCGGGAAGAUUUUCUCCCAGACUGCUGGACCCUGGAGACUUGCCAGCAGGAACUGUUUGCCUGGAGCCUGAGGAGGAACUGAGUAAACUGAAGUUUGCCCGGCAGAAGUUCCUUGGAACAGGAAAUGCUGAUAUCGACGCAGACCGACAUCUGAUGCAGAAAGUGCGUGACGUGGGAGGCAUUUUGGAGGAGGAUGACGAACACAACCAGGCCUUCUCCUCUGAGCAGAGUGUGAACAAAGAGUACCUCUGGGCGGACAAGUACAGGCCCAGGAAGCCACGAUACUUCAAUCGAGUGCACACGGGGUACGAGUGGAACAAAUACAAUCAGACCCAUUAUGACCCCGAAAACCCACCUCCGAAGAUUGUCCAGGGCUACAAGUUCAAUAUCUUCUAUCCAGAUUUAAUUGACAAACGACAGACCCCGCGCUACACCUUGGAACCCAUUCCGAACGAGUCGGACUUUGUCGUGCUGCGGUUCAGUUCGGGCCCGCCUUACGAAGACAUUGCUUUCAAAAUUGUGAACAGAGAAUGGGAGUAUGGACAUAAACAUGGAUACAAGUGUCAGUUUUCAAAUAAUAUCUUCCAACUCUGGUUCAAGUUCAAGAUUUAUAAGUACAGAAGGUAGCUGAAAUUGAAAUGAUACUUGACUGUAACCUCAAUUACCUAAAAUAAUUGCGAUAGAAAUUCAUUUUUAGAUGGUCUGCAAAAGUUGAUGUGAAAUUCUUCAUUGAGUUUAUUUGUAAGUGUUAAUCGUGAUUACCAUCUGAUGGAUUUAAU